UUAGAAUAGAUUACGUGGGAGCGUCGCCUGAAUGAGAGUUUCAGCCAGCAAUUUCGUCAUGAAAACUUGGUCAAUCUGAUUGAAGUUUUUAGACAGAAAAAGAAAAUUCAUUUGGUGUUUGAAUUUAUUGACCACACAGUAUUAGAUGAAUUGCAGCAUUAUUGUCACGGACUAGAGAGUAAACGACUUAGAAAAUACCUCUUCCAGAUUCUUCGAGCAAUUGAAUAUCUUCACAAUAAUAAUAUCAUUCAUCGAGAUAUAAAACCUGAGAAUAUUUUAGUGUCCCAGUCAGGAAUUACUAAGCUCUGUGAUUUUGGUUUUGCACGAACACUAGCAGCUCCUGGGGACAUUUAUACGGACUAUGUGGCCACACGCUGGUAUAGAGCUCCAGAAUUAGUAUUAAAAGAUACGACUUAUGGAAAACCUGUGGAUAUCUGGGCUUUGGGCUGUAUGAUCAUUGAGAUGGCCACUGGAAAUCCCUAUCUUCCUAGCAGCUCUGAUUUGGAUUUACUCCAUAAAAUUGUUUUAAAAGUAGGUGAUUUGACACCUCACUUGCAGAACAUCUUUUCCAAGAGUCCCACUUUUGCUGGUGUGGUCCUUCCUCAAGUUCAACACCCCAAAAAUGCAAGAAAAAAAUACCCAAAGCUAAAUGGAUUAUUGGCAGAUAUAGUUCAUGCUUGUUUGCAAAUUGAUCCUGCUGAGAGGAUGUCUUCUACUGAUCUUUUACAUCAUGAGUAUUUUACUAGAGAUGGAUUUAUUGAAAAAUUCAUACCAGAACUGAGAGCUAAAUUAUUACAAGAAGCAAAAGUCAAUUCAUUCAUAAAGCCAAAAGAGAAUUCUAAAGAAAAUGAACUUAUGAAAGAUGAAAGAAAAACAAUUUAUAGCAAUACACUGCUAAAUAGUUCAGUUUUGGGAAAGGAAGCAGAAAAAGAGAAAAAGCCCAAGGAGAUCAAAGUCAGAAUUAUUAAAGUCAAAGGAGGAAAAGGAGAUAACGCAGAACCAAAAAAGAUAGACUAUGAAAGCAGACAUUGUCAACAGGAUACAAUUGAAAAUGCUCAUGCUAUGUCUCAAGAUGUGAAACCUGUAAUCAUUGAACCACCAAACCCUGUCAACCCCAGCAUUAGCUCUAAUGGCAUAAAAGAAGAUCCACAUGCUGGAGGCUGUAUGACGAUGCCACCCAUCAAUCUAACUAGCAAUAAUUUCAUGGCUGCAAAUCCCAAUUCAAAUCUCACCCACUCCAAUCCAAGGUUAACUGAAAAAGCAAAAAAGAGGAGAACUUCUUCACAGUCUAUUGGGCACAUUAUGUCUAAUAGCAGGCAAGAAGAUACAGGUCCCACUCAAAGCCAAACGGACAAGGGUGUAUUCAAUGAGCGAGCAGGUCAAAGUGACCAAAUGGCAAAUGGGAACAAAAGGAAGCUGAGUUUUCCCAGAUCUGACAGGAAAGAAUUCCAUUUCCCAGAAUUGCCUUUCACAGUACAGUCAAAGGAGAUGAAAGGAAUGGAAGUGAAACAGAUGAAAGUGCAGAAGAGGGAGCCAAAGAAAACAGAUUCAUCUAAAAUACCAACUUUACUUAAUGUGGAUCAAAAUCAAGGAAAACAAGAGAAUACAGGAAAUACACAAACUGAAAGGGAGAAGAACCUUCCAGAUGUAGAGUAGAAAAUGCAGCAGCUGAAAAUUCAGGGAAUCCCAGAAUCACUGGUGGAAAUGGCCAUUGCGAGGGGAAGAAUUUGAAGAGGAACAGAUUUUUUUUCUGCUAGUGUCUUUUCCUUUAAAUAAUCUUAAAAAAUAUAAAUCGGCAACUCUUCCCCUUUUAUUUUACGUGGAAUAGAAAUGUAACGUGAGCUGUUAAGACAGCCAUCCGUCUGCAUUAGCAUCAUCCAAAUUUUUGUUUUGUUAGCAAAAAUUCAGUUUUCUUUUUUUUUUUAUUUUUCCAUCUAAGAACUCUGUUGAUGUGAUGUUUGAUUUGGAAUUAUAAAAUGAUCGCCUCUCUGCCU